UGAACUCGAACGAUUGGAUGCAUCAAACUUCAAAAAUUUACAGACACCCCAGAGUCUUGAGAGGCCUGCAAUAAACAGUUUCUUUAGCCAAUUUUUUUUUUAUUUAAACAAUUUGCAUUCUCUAAUUAAAAUCCACAAUCCAGUGCUGCCCAUUUUGAGCUUCAAGGGGCAAAUUUAACAAGGAAAUCAGUGACAUCAUGGCAUCCAGCUACAAGCCUAAAACGUCAAAUAUAGAGUAUAAAAAAUUGCAGACUUCACGGUGCGGGCUCAACGACUUUUAGUCUUGUGGAGGGGUUUGCAACACGUUUAACAUAGUUAUUGGGUUUGGGUUGCGUGCCUGUUUUCACUUGUGAGAAUUUUGCUAUGGACAUCAGCUUUAUGCAUCAAACAUUGACACGGAUCCAAACUAAUCUUCUGGAUUUGAUUUUUCUACUACUACUACUGAUGAAAUCCUACUCAAAAUGCAAAAUACAGAGAAGAAAAAAAAGCAGCUGAUCGUAAGGAGGAAAUAGGAAUUGAUUAUUCUUUAGGGAUUAGAAAAGCAAAAAGACAACAUAGUGACACAGACCCACAUGGUCCAGACAACCAUGUCUUGCUUCGGAAACUAAAUUCCAUCUUUCUGAGCCAUACGCUAUCCUACCCUCCAAUCCUUUUCUCUUUCUUUCUCUGGUCUUUUAACUUUACAGCAGUUAAUGGUCAGAAACAAAACCACAACCUCAGCAAAAAAAAAUAAAAAUGGAGCGGCUGCUGGAAGAAAAUUGACUUCCAUCUUGUCGGACAUGUUCAUAUUGCAACUGCUUUCUCGAUGAGUUUUAACAGCUCUCUCAAAUCGGACCAAGAUCUAAAUUAACUCUUCGAUUCUUUAUUGGCCAAAAAAAAAAAAGGACUCUUCUUUACACCAACAAAUACAGUUUUUAUUUGUCAAAUAGUAAUAUGGCCCUCUCAAAUUACAUAAACUAAACCAAAAUCCAUCACAUCAAAGUUAACAAAGAAUGAUUUCACUCCCUUAAAGAAAUUCCUGGUCGAUGAUUUCAUAGUUUUUGAAGAUAAAUGACAAGGUGUUUCAGCUUAACCGAAGCCAAAAACUGGUGCUACAGAUCAUCCUUCAUCAAAUCAGGGCUUCGAUCCACCAUCACUGAUCUCCAAGAUGGCACCAUCAUGCACUGUUGGGUCCCCAAGACCCGCAAAGACUCCAAACCUAACCUCCUCCUUAUCCAUGGAUUCGGUGCCAACGCAUUGUGGCAAUGGGGUGACACCCUUCGUCAGAUGAUCCCUUACUUCAACAUCUUUAUACCUGACCUUCUCUUCUUUGGAGACUCCUACACGACUCGACCUGAACGCUCAGAGUCAUUCCAGGCUCAGUGCGUGAUGCGAGUUAUGGAAUCCAACUCGGUGAGGAAACUCAGUCUUGUAGGACUGAGUUAUGGUGGGUUUGUUGGGUACAGUUUAGCAGCGCAGUUUAGUGAGGCUGUUGAAAGAGUGGUGAUAUGUGGCGCUGGAGUUUGCAUGGAAGAGAAAGAUUUGAAGGAAGGUGUUUUCAGGGUAUCUGAUUUGGAAGAUGCUGCUACGAUUUUAGUACCUCAGACGCCUGAGAAGCUUCGGGAACUCACGGUUUUGGCCCUGUUCAAGCCUCCCCCUUUGAGUUUGGUACCUUCUUGUCUGCUUGCAGACUUCAUUGACGUGAUGUGUACCGAGUGUACACAAGAGAAGAAAGAGCUGAUCCGAGCUAUCCCUAAAGAUCGAAACAUGUCAAACAUUCCCAGAAUCUCUCAGCCCACGUUGAUGUUGUGGGGAGAAUAUGAUCAAAUAUUUCCAUUGGAAUUGGGUCACAGAUUAAAAAGGCAUCUGGGGGAUAAUGCUCAUCUAGUUGUUAUGAAGGACGCGGGACACGCCUUCAACGUAGAGAAGCCCAAGGAGUAUUACAGGCAUUUGAAAUCAUUUCUAGUUGAUUUGCGGCCUCCUCCAGCGAGUCCACCUCCCAAUGAAAACAAUAAGUCAUCUUGCAAUGCAGCAGAGGUACAACCUUGAAAGUGAAGUGCAAGUGCAACAGCAAAGUUUUUAUACACAUUUCUUUUGCCAUUGUAACUUCUGCAGAAAAAAUAAGUGAACAUCUCAUUCCAUAGAGAAACACAGAAUCUAUUGGGCUUUUUCAAAGGGGAGUCUCUGUUAGAUGCUGCCAUUUCUUCGGGGCAUCAGGUGCUUUUUUGUAUUCUUAGGGGGAACCAAUAGUAAAAGUUCCUGCUAAGCUGUUUUCUUUUUCCUUUUUUUUUUGGGUUCUAGCUAAAUCAUUAAACGGUGGUUUCGCAUGCUUAAAAAUCAUCCUCCAUGAAUUAAUUUCAAUCAUUAUUUCUCAACGUAGGUUAUCAUUCUGUGACCAUUUACAAUCAGGUUAAUGCCCCUAGAAUUACCCAGAGCAAUUUCUCACCUUAUGCUCUCUCAGCCGACUUUCAUCUCUUGUGCAAAGCCAGUGCAUCAUUGCCAAAAUGGAUGUUUGAAAUUUAACACUGACCCAUUUCAUGAACUUUGCAAAAGGUUCCAGCACAAAAUCAACCAUGCUGCUCCACAAAUAUCUAAGCCCCCUGUUCCUAAAACUUCUCAAAAAAUGAAUAUCAAAUUGGACCUUUAAGCUACGGUUACGACCAAAUCUAUGCACGGGCUGGGAAGCGCAA